ACUCUCUCGCAAACACCUAGCUAGCUAGCUUGCUUUUGCUCUCAAAGAGGAAGACCUACCUGCAGUUCUCUCUCUCUCUCUCUCUAGAAAUUAAUUUGAGCGUGUGAGAAGUGGCUACCUAGGUUUAGUAGAAAUGCCUGAUGAAGAGGUAGUGGUGGAAAAUCCUACAGAUGAGGGAAGCGAAGAUCAUCAGGAAGUUUCAGAUCAUCAUGAGCAUCAUAAGGAUCAACUCAAAGGGAAGAAACUUUCAUGGCAAAAGCUGCGAAGAAACGACUCCUUGGACCUCGAGUCACGCCGUUUCACAGCUCCCCAUGGCCAUGCCUCCAAGGGUGCGGACUGGUCGGUGAUAAUGCACUUGGCAUUUCAGAGCAUUGGCAUAGUUUAUGGGGACAUAGGUACAUCACCUCUCUAUGUGUAUGCGAGCACCUUCACCAAAGGCAUCAACCAUAGCGAUGACAUUUUGGGUGUUCUUUCUUUGAUCUUUUACACACUCACCUUAAUCCCUCUGAUUAAGUACGUUUUAAUCGUAUUACGGGCCAACGAUAACGGCGAUGGUGGGACGUUCGCACUAUACUCUUUGCUGUGUCGAUAUGCCAAAGUUGGUUUGACUCCGAGUCAACAAGCAGAGGAUCGUGAUGUUUCAAAUUUUCAGCUUGAGUUGCCUACUAAAAGUGUAAAGAGAGCAUCUAGGCUUAAAUCUUCAUUGGAGAACAGCCCAUUUGCCAAAAUCUUUCUACUAUUCGCCACCAUGCUUGGUACUUCCAUGGUCAUUGGUGAUGGUGUCCUCACUCCUUGCAUCUCAGUUCUGUCGGCUGUUGGAGGAAUCAAAGAAGCCACAUCUGCAAUGACACAAGGUCGGGUUGUUUUGAUAUCAGUAGUCAUCUUGAUUGCCCUAUUCAUGGUUCAAAGACUUGGAACUGAUAAAGUAGGCUACACUUUUGCACCAAUUAUUUGCAUUUGGUUUACCAUGAUUGGUGGAAUUGGCGUGUACAACUUCAUCAAGUUUGAUCCGACGGUGGUCAAGGCUCUAAAUCCACAAUACAUAGUAGAUUACUUCAGGAGGAACAAAAAAGACGCUUGGAUUUCUCUUGGUGGCAUUGUGUUAGCCAUAACAGGAACUGAAGCUUUAUUUGCUGACGUGGGACACUUCACAGUACGAUCCAUUCAAAUAAGUAUGUGCACAGUUACUUACCCAGCUCUCAUAUUGGCAUACACUGGACAAGCCUCUUUUCUUCGCAAGCACCAUCUUCUUGUUGCAGAAACCUUCUUCAAGUCGAUUCCAAAGCCUUUGUAUUGGCCUAUGUUUGUAGUGGCUGUUAUGGCAGCGAUCAUAGCUAGUCAAGCUAUGAUUUCAGGGACUUUCUCUAUAAUCCAACAGUCACUAUCAUUAGGGUGUUUCCCUCGUGUGAAAAUCGUGCACACAUCAACCAAGUAUGCCGGACAAGUUUAUAUUCCGGAAGUGAACUACCUUCUCAUGUUAGCUUGUGUUGGAGUCACUUUAGGGUUUCGAAGCACUGCAAAGAUCGGCAAUGCAUAUGGUAUAGCAGUGGUGUUUGUGAUGACGCUUACAUCAUCCUUCCUAGUGUUAAUCAUGAUCAUGAUAUGGAAGACCAACAUAUUCCUCGUCAUCUCAUAUGUUCUUGUUAUUGGAAGUGUAGAGCUUCUGUAUCUAAGUUCAGUGCUCUACAAAUUUGACCAGGGCGGAUAUCUUCCCCUCGCGUUUGCUACAUUGUUGAUGUUUGUAAUGUUUGUGUGGAAUGAUGUGCAUCGAAGAAAGUACUAUUACGAGCUUGAACACAAAAUUUCUCCCGAACAACUCAAGGAAAUUGCUGUUGAUGCAAACUUUUCUCGUAUGCCUGGCCUCGCCAUGUUCUAUUCAGAACUUGUUCAAGGCAUCCCACCAAUCUUCAAUCAUUACGCUGCGAAUGUGCCUGCAUUGCACUCCGUCCUUGUUUUUGUCUCAAUCAAAUCGUUGCCUAUAAGCAAGGUUCCAUUGGAAGAGCGCUUUCUUUUUCGGAGAGUAGAGCCUAAGGAUCUGAAUGUGUUCAGAUGCGUUGCUAGGUAUGGGUACACCGACGUUCGCAAUGAGAACGAACCCUUCGAAGGAUUGUUGGUGGAGAAGUUGAAAGAGUUCAUAAAGGAUAGUUUUUGGAUAUCUCAAACAAAUAAUAUUCCCAGUAGUGCUAAUGAGGAUACCAAGUUUCAGAUCGAGGAAGAAUUCGAAGACAGUACUUUGGUGAGCGGUGGAGAGAAUGGAAAGGAGGAUUUGAAGCAGCAAGUUGAUGAUCAAGAUAAGCAACAAGAUUUGUUGGACAGAGAGAUUGAGGCAAUAGACAAAGCAUGGAGGCGGGGAGUUGUUCAUUUGGUUGGGGAAAAUGAAGUGACGGCUGCCAAAGGAGCUGGUAUAGCGAAAAGAAUUUUGAUCGAUUACGCUUACAAUUUCUUGAAGAGAAAUUUGAGGCAGUGUGACAAAGUGUUUGACAUUCCUCACAAGCGGCUGUUGAAAGUGGGCAUGACUUAUGAACUUUAGAGCAAAAGAAAGUGGAUACAAAUUUUAGUACAGCUUGAGACAAGCUAUUUAAGGUGAUUAAUUACUAGCUAGCUAGCUACAUCAAAUAGAUAAAUAAAUCAAGAAUUCUGGAUUUAUGUUUGAGUUCUUACAAAUUAAAAAUGUUAUCAUGUGACUGAGAGCUCUUCCGGCCACGAGGUAUAGUGCAAUUGUAAUAUAUAAAUACGCUUAUAUGCAAUGCUCCAUUGCUAAUAUAUCAUGACACAUUUGUUUCGUAAAGUAGUAAUUGGUUGUUCA